GAAACUUAAUCUGUUAAAAUAGAGAUCACUUUUUGACAUUUUCUCCAGUGCUCUUUUGAUUUCUUAAUAUUCAUUUAGGAGACUGGACUUUCACAAAAAUUAAUCAGGAUGAAUAAGAUUCUUCUCCUUGGAUUUUCAGCUCUGUUCUGCUGGACUGUUGCCCAAGGCAUCAUGUGUAAAGUCUGUCUAGCUGGAAAUGAGAAAGGGUGCUAUUCUCCAGUUGGUGUUUGCAAGAGUGAUGUGGGACGAUGUUAUACGUAUGCAGCCUACUUUGGUGAUGAGCCUUAUUUCCUGACUUAUGAUUGUGUCAAUGAUAACUAUUGGUCCUUUUAUUGCAACAAUACUGAAAAGGAUGGAAAAUAUACACACAUCGAAGUUUGUUGUAGCAAAGAAAAGUGUAAUGGAGAACUCCCACCCCUGCCUCGAAGUUGGAAUUAAUGGAUAGUAGAAAACUGCCAAAGGCUCAUCUCAUGCUAGAGGUAGGGCAAUUUGCCCAUUUCAGUUUUUCCAACAUUAAUUUUUUAAAAUUUGGAAAGUUACUUUCAGAAAGUAAUUCAUUUCUGUAAAUUGUUACGAUGUUGGAAAACAGUCUACUGACACUACACACACAUUACUCAACCAAGAACGUAAUUCUUUGCAUCACUUGCUGCAUUCUUCAUUACUUUUUUCCUUCGAAGAUAUGAUUGAAAAAAGUUUGGCAUAAAACUGGAAAAAUUACUGUCCAAAGGCCUUUGAAGCACUCUCUAGUAUGGCAUUGAAUGUUUGCCAAUUUUCUUUUUGGAAGCCGCCCUGAGUCCAUCCGGUGAGGGAGGGCAGGUUAAAAAUAAAGUUUUGUUAUUAUUUUAUUAUAACUGUGACUCAUUGCUCCAAUAAAAUAACUUCUUCCCCAUUCA